UUUUUCUUUCCCUCCUUUUUCUCAUCUUUAUCUAAUAAGUCCACAUGUUUCUUUUCCCCUGUCCUACAGCGACGGCCAAAGACAAAAUAUCCAACUAACUCAGUAACUUCUCCGAGUUAAAACCCAAUAGCAGUCAGUUCACUUGGACAACACCAAGAACCAAAAAUUCGAGCUAAUUUCGGAUUCCUCUCUAAUAUAUACGUGUCUUCUCAUUUGAUCAGAGGUACAAGGAUUUGCCCCAACUUUCAAGCAUUUUCGAGCUAUUUAAUGGCCCAGGAUAUUCUUUCAAGUGCCGAUUCACCUCGAAGAAGGUCUGGCCUAUUAAGAGAUCAAGUUCAAUUGGUGAAAAGAAGCAACUCUGCUCGUUAUGAGAUAGUCCCAAUUCAAGAUCAACUAUCAUUUGAGAAGGGUUUCUUUAUAGUUAUCCGUGCAUGCCAGUUGUUGGUUCAGAAGAAUGAAGGAAUUGUACUGGUGGGAGUCGCUGGUCCUUCAGGGGCCGGAAAGACCGUGUUCACAGAAAAGAUCCUGAAUGUUAUGCCUAGUAUUGCUAUCAUAAACAUGGACAACUACAAUGAUCCCAGCCGUAUCAUUGAUGGAAACUUCGAUGAUCCACGCUUGACAGACUAUGAGACGUUGCUUGAGAAUAUACAUGGGCUGAAAGCGGGGAAGCCUGUUCAAGUUCCUAUAUACGAUUUUAAAUCGAGCUCUCGCGUGGGUUAUAGGUCGGUUGUCAUUCUUCUCUUCACUAUUUCUGCUAGCCCGUUGUUUACUUUUCCUGACAACACACUGCUUUUUCUAUGGAUCCUUCUCUUGCUUCACGUUCUUUUUCCUCUUUAGAUUGUUCCUUGGUGCUAGGAUUUUUCUUCUUUUUCUUUUGUAUAUGUUGGAGUUUAAGGAGAGGGAUUGAAGAAAAGAUGAAUUUCUGGUACUUUCUCUCUCUUCUUUCUUAAGCUCUCAGGCACACUCCCCGAGGAGCCUGAGAACAAGGAAUUCUGAGAGUCCAUAAACACCAUUAGAACGCCGAUCAAGUUCCGACCACCCCUCUGAAAAUAGCUCCGAUAAAAUACCCCUCACGCGCCCCCACGCGCAGCCAGUCUCCGGCAAGGAAAAUGCCACGCGCCGGCGCGUGAGCACAAUUCCGACCACUUUUCAAAAAAUUUCUUUUGGACAGCACAAUCACUGGGGAAUUCCGACCACAACCAUACAAUCCUUUCUGAAUUCCGACAACUUUUAUUUUUUCCGGUGGCAGGAACCCUCCAGAUUUCUGGUUCUGGUUUUCCUCUUUCAUUUUCGAGCUUUCUAGCUCACUGGGAUAACUUCCAAACAACCUUUAACUUUCAUAAGCUGAGCAGCUGGUUUAGUACAAUAUGGGAGACAACAGGAUAUAUUUCAACGCAGGAUUCAAAUCUUUCGACAUCACCAGAUGGAACUCUAACAAAGACACAUGGUUUGAAUGGGUUGAGAGAAGUCGCAACAUGAUGAGAAGAUCAUCCAUGGGCAGAAAGGCAAUGGAAUGGAUCUGCUUUGCACUUAAAGAAGCCUCGACAGAUCAAAACAAUCUAGUGAAGAGAUGGAAGUACAAGGAGCAAAUGACAGAACAUUUCUGUACUAGAAAAUAUAACGCUCAUGGAAGAUAUGUGAGUAUUCUGUCACUGAAGGGAGAAGGGAGGUCAGUGAUAAUACUUCCAGAGUUAACUCUGAACUCUGGCUGGAAAGACAUAGCAGCUAAGAUAGAAAGAUUCAUUUAUCAGACCACCAGGCUGAUUUUCAUAGUACCAUCCAGAAACACUGUGGAAAAUCUACCUUAUGCCCAAGUAGUUAAGGAGAGUAAAUGGCAGUCCAAUACACUUCGAGAGGCAAGGGUCAACACGAACAAUGGGGAAAUCUCUGUUAUGGAACCUACUGGAGGAGAGGACACAGGCCUACUAAAAAGAUGUAUUAUCGGGUCUUUUGGGAAAGAAAUCAAUGAGAGACCCACUUUAGCAGACAUAAGGCGAUGGGCUAGUGUUUCAUGGAACAAAGCAUACGGAGUAAACAUAUACGAAAUGACAGGAAACAUGUUUCUUUUUGAAUUUCCAAACAGAUUCAUGGCAGAGCAGAUUGUGCAAGGAGAAUGGAGAUGGAAAAAAUUCAAGCUUCAUCUGGAAUGGUGGAAUCAUACUGCCGGUUGCAUUCCAAACUCACAAAUUGAGGAAACAUGCUGGAUUAGAGCCAUGGGGAUUCCUUUACAUCUAUGGUCACAAAAGAUCUUCAAAGAAAUAGGAGAUCUCUGUGGGGGAUGGUUAGCUACAGAAGAAGAAACUGAUCUCAAAAACCAUCUUAAGUGGGCAAGAAUCAAAAUUGCUGGUGAUGGCAGAAAGACUCCCAAUGAGGUGGAGAUUGAAAGAGACGGUACCAAAUUUUUCAUCCCAAUCUGGGCUGAAAGAAAGACACGGUAUGAGCUUAACACUGGUAAAGGAAAGGCAAGUGGACAAUUUACACAAGGUUCAACUAGAGCAGUAAAGUGUCAAAAGUCAAGCUGAAAUCCUAUGACCCCGAUAUGGCAGCACAAGUCAUUUUUAAUGACCUCUCGUGUGAGAUCUCUGAUGAUACUGGGCUGAAGCCUUGUAUCGAGGAAAUGGGAGGACCUUCUUACUCGGGGGCAAAAGAGUCCUCUCCAGGGGACCAAACCCUUAAUGUGAAUCUUGAAAGUAUGCAAAAGGAAACAAUUACCAGUUGCAGUCAGCCAGAAGGUGGAGCAGAUUUGGCAAGAUUGGAACAGAAGGAAGGGGAGCAAAGCAUAAACUCAAAGAUGAGGAAUGAUCAUGUGGGAAGUACUUUGGAACAUCUAAAGCAAAUUAGCUCUAUUCAAGAGUGGGAAAUCGAGGAGGUGAAUCCUAUAGCAGUUCAGCAACACAAUCCAUUACUGGAUAAAGACAUGGAUGCAACAAUAUGGGUCCAUCAAAAUAUGAUCAAAUUGGGAAAAAUGUUUGGAGUAGAUUUCCAAGGACAUGAAGAAGAAGCAUUGGAGUUGUUAAUGCAAAUUGACAGCUGCAGACAGGUAAGAAGGGUGGAGACAGGUUUGGAGGUGAAGAAACAAAGAUUCAAAGGAUCACUGGAAUUAAAAGGGUUAAC